AUGAGUAUUGAUUUUACAGAGCAAGAGUCAGAAAUAUGUAAUAUAUUGAGAAAAGUUACUACAUAUUUAAAAGAAACUAAAAAUUUACCCCUUGUUGAGCUUAGAAUAGCUGGUGGCUGGGUUCGAGAUAAACUACUCCGACUUGAAUGUCACGAUUUAGAUGUUGCAAUAAAUUCAUUAACAGGGUUUGAUUUUGCAAACUAUAUUAAAGAAUUUCUUGAAAAGGAAGGAAAUAAUAAUCAAGUAAAUAUUCACGUAAUAGAAUCGAAUCCCGAAAAAUCUAAACAUUUAGAAACAGCUACAAUGAAACUUUGUGGUUUAGAUAUUGAUUUUGUUAAUCUAAGAAAAGAAAUAUAUGAGGAUAGUAGAAUUCCUGUUUCCCUUGAAUAUGGAACUCCAGAAGAAGAUGCUUAUCGUAGAGAUAUUACAAUAAAUGCAUUAUUUUAUAAUAUACAUACAGGUCAAGUAGAAGAUUUCACAGAAAAGGGUAUAUCAGAUUUGAGUGAAGGAUUAAUUCGUACUCCACUCUCUUCCUGUAAAACUUUUAAAGAUGAUCCACUUCGCGUAUUAAGAUGUAUAAGAUUCGCAAGUAGAUUUCAUUUUGAAAUUGUUGAUGAUGUGAAAGAUGUUAUUUUAAAAGAUGAGAGUAUCAAAGUGGCAUUAAAUGAGAAAAUAAGUCGUGAGAGGGUUGGGAUAGAAAUUGAUAAAAUGAUUAAAGGACCUGAUCCAGUUCAAGCCAUCGAUUUGAUCGUUAAUUUAGGAUUAUAUGAUGUUGUAUUUUCACCACCACCGCAAGAAAGCAUUGUAUCUGGAAAUCUCGGAGCCCCAAAAAAUUGUUUAAUUGUAGCAAAAAUUCUUAGUUGGUUGCUUUCGGAUAAAAGCAAAGAUUACAAUAUUCAUAUUAUAUUUCAUCAAUUAAAUGAGAAUGAAAAAAGAGCGUUAUAUUUGGCAGCUUGUACGUUACCCUAUAAGGAUAUGACAUAUACGGAAAAGGGAAAUAGUCAACCAGCGUAUCAAUAUGUAAUUCGAGAAAGUAUAAAGUUUUCGAAUGAUGAUGUUAACAAAGUAAAAAAACUUUUAUCUUCAGUCGAUUUUGUGACAAAAGCGGUUAGUCAAAAUAACGAAGUUCUAACCGAUAGGCUCGGACUCGGAUUAUGCAUACGUGAACUUAAUUCUGAAUGGCCAACGACUUUACUCUUUGCUUUAUCUAAUGAAUUGAGACCGUAUAUGGAUCAAGUCAAAGAAGAUAAAGAAAUUAAAGAAAUUAACAAUAAAUAUACUAAAUUCAUUGAAAGGAUAUAUGAAUUAAAACUAGAAAAUGCUUAUAGAGAAAAACCUUUGCUGAAUGGAAAAGAUAUUCAGAAAUUAUUGAAUAUUAAACCGGGUCCAAAUUUUAGAGACAUAUUGAAUUCAAUUAUGGAAUGGCAAUUAGAAUAUCCCAAUAGUAGCAAAGAAGAAUGUCAAGAAUUUAUUAAAAAUAAAUAUAAUAAUUUACAAUAA